GUCAGUAGCAUACACCGCCUGAGGUUCUGACAUUUUCAAAAGAAGAGACGCGUUCGCGAUCAGCUAAGGAAUUUCGUGACAUGAUAAGUCACAUCUCAGAGCUGUCACACUCAUCAUCGCUUUUGAAUCUCUUCGCCCACCUCCCAGAACUCCCCUACCAUGAUGGAAUCAGAAAUUGACGGUUGGAUUGAACAGCUCAGUCAGUGUAAGCAGCUCUCUGAGGCUGAUGUGAAACGUCUCUGCGAAAAGACGAGGGAGAUCUUGAUGGAUGAAUCCAAUGUCCAACCUGUGAGGUGUCCGGUUACUGUCUGCGGUGAUAUACAUGGCCAAUUCCAUGACUUAUCAGAGCUUUUUCGCAUUGGAGGAAACUCACCCGACACCAACUACCUUUUUAUGGGUGACUAUGUAGAUCGUGGCUACUAUUCGGUUGAGACUGUUACUCUCCUGGUCGCCAUGAAGCUUCGAUACCGAGACCGAGUCACCAUUUUGCGGGGCAACCACGAAUCCAGGCAGAUCACCCAAGUUUACGGAUUUUACGAUGAAUGUCUUCGAAAAUACGGCAACGCCAAUGUUUGGCGCUACUUCACCGACCUCUUUGACUACUUACCCCUUACUGCACUCAUUGAUAAUCAGAUAUUCUGCUUACACGGUGGUCUCUCCCCAUCUAUUGAUACCCUAGACCACGUUCGAUCCAUUGACCGGGUGCAGGAGGUGCCUCACGAAGGACCCAUGUGUGACCUGCUUUGGUCUGAUCCGGAUGAUCGUUGCGGUUGGGGAAUCUCUCCUCGUGGUGCUGGAUAUACCUUUGGACAGGAUAUUUCGGAGGCCUUCAAUCACAACAACGGUCUGACGCUUGUCGCGCGCGCGCAUCAACUGGUUAUGGAGGGCUACAGUUGGGGGCAGGAUCGGAAUGUAGUGACAAUCUUUAGUGCACCUAAUUAUUGCUACAGAUGUGGGAAUCAGGCAGCAAUCAUGGAGAUCGAUGAAAAACUAUCUUACAGCUUUUUACAAUUUGAUCCUGCCCCACGAGCAGGUGAACCGCUCGUUUCGCGGCGUGUACCAGACUAUUUCCUUUAAUUGUCUACUACAAUAUAUCUCUUUGCUAUGUGUAUCAAUGAUGCUCUCCGAGAGAUACCCCGCGCUAGCUCCAUCAUCAUAAUCCAUCAUAAUUUAAUUCUCUCAGGUCCCGACGCCCGUUCCGAAACGCAUCAAGGCUUUUUUCAAAAAUAAUGAC